UAGGACUGAGAUGUAAUCACAAUUGAUUGAACACUGGGUGGUGAUCAAUGUCAUGCUUGUCUAGUCCUUAGUUGCGUAUUUCCUAGGUCGUCCGACUAUAGGCUGAAGUAAUGGGCUUGAUUUCUUCUCGGAGUCAGCAAGUGGGUCAAGAAAAGGAGAUACCGAGUGAAUGUCCUAUUGGGAAAAGUGAUGGAUGUCCAAUGAAUCAUGGAUACAAGAACCUCAGUCCAGACAAUCUUAUGCCACCCCCUAACCAACUCCCAAGUCCUGGACAACCUUUCCCACUGUCCACUGAACGCGAAUUGUCUUCUAUUCCAAAAGCAGAUCGAUCUGAUGGUGAAAAAUGGAUAUAUCCUUCACCUCAAAUGUUUUGGAACGCUAUGCUUCGUAAAGGUUGGCGUUGGCGGGAUGAUGAUAUCAAACCUGAAGAUAUGAACAACAUCAUACGAAUACAUAAUAUAAAUAAUGAAUUAGCUUGGCGUGAGGUUUUAAAAUGGGAGGCUCUACAUGCUAAUGAAUGUAUGACACCGAAAUUGCGUCGUUUUGCUGGAGAUGCAAAAAACUAUUCUCCAAGAGCACGUAUUCGUCGGGCCAUGGGGUCAUUUUCAUAACCAGUAUUUACUGCUCAAGAUAUGAAGUUCACUGUGUACACCUGAUAAAUGAGCGAAAAAUAAAAAUUAGUAAAGAAAGUUUUUAAAUAUUUAGACAUUCAGAGAUAGUUUUGCAUCAACCUAAAAGCUAAUAAGUCCAAAAGCAACUGAUAAUUGGUUUUCAAAUGAAGUCAUGCUUUGGCUGGGGUCGUUGGCUUAGCGGUAAAGGAGUUCAACGUCCCACCACUAAGUCCCAUAAUCAUACCUGUUCCUAUCUACUUUGGUUUAGGCAACUGGAUAGUAUCAUUACCCCUCACAUUUAUAGGUUAAUACUAAGCACACAAAUCUACACCAUAUUAAAAAAAGUCUUUUUUGGUUACAAGUAUUAUGAUAAGGGUUUUUGGUGGUGAGUUACCUUUGGGCUGUUAAAAUGGGGACAGUAAAAUACUAAUAACUCCUUACGAUACUCAACUUAUCAAUGUACGAUUUCCGAAAACGAUAGGCUGUUUGUCAAAGGACAACACAAACUCCAUGAGACUAAUUUUUUAUUAUGAUCAUCAAAUAGCAUGGUGAUACACAAAGUAUUCUGAAGCAAAGGUGAACGUAACAAAAGGGUCACUUGACAUGUAGGUUAUUCAAAAAUACUAGUUUCAUAGGUCAUUCUCAUGCUAAUGAAAUUAAAACUUGACUUUUAGGUUUUAUUCUUGGUCUUCAUGUCAAAAAACUGGAUAAAUUCUUUACUUAGCUUUGUUCGAAUGGUAUUUAUUAUUUAUUUGAACACAU